GGGCGCCGUGGUGUGUGGUCGUUUUGUGGUGUAUGUACGGGCAGGCCUAGUGACCGAGUGCCGAUCGUUUAGUGUCUCAGUGGCAUAAGCCAUUGUGCCCGCGUCCAUGCAGAGUUUAGUGCCGGCAGAAUGCGGUGGCGGGCGCGCGCCGUACAUUCCCGCGCCAAAGAGCGCGCUAACAUCAGUUUUUUCAUAUUUAUUAUGUUCUUCGCCGUUUUCGGGGUAAUUGUUCUCACUGAACUGUUACUGCUUGAAAGACCAGCCUCCGGAUCUGCUAGGUCGAGAUACAACGAGGAACUACAGGGAUGGGAUGGUCGGACCGAGGCUAAUGGUGAUGGUGGAGAACCCCCCCAGCCUGCGCACGCGCCGCUUGAUGCUGUAUGGCAACCAGUCGCUGGUACCAGGUUCAGAUUCUACGUCUAUUCCGCGUAUAUGGAGCGGCGGACUGUUGCGGCCGUUCGUGUUAUAGCUGCCACGAAGACAAGGGGAGCUGAUGGUGUGAUUUGCAGACUGUGGUUGCAUGAUAAUCGCACUCUCACGCUUAAGGCACGAGUCAAGCCAAUCCGGGAGAACUGGAAUCUGAAGUAUAGUGCGACGUACGUCCUAUGUCUUCUUCGGGAUACCGGUGUGAAGCCUCAGGAAACUGUUGGUGCUUCUGUAUCGAUAGUGUCGAAUACAUCACCCAACAGGCCACCAACCAACCUCCUUAUAGUAAGAGACACGGAACCGAAGAGCGGUAUUGAGGAAACCCUCCACGUAUGCGUGAAGCCGUUCCACUUUUCUUAUUCUCGUGACGAUUGGUUGGUUGAAUGGUUUGAAUUGAAUCGACUUCUCGGAGCCAGUCACUUCUAUAUGUACAAUGAAUCUCUGAGCUCUCAAGUCACUUGCCUCCUAGACCACUACAGGAAACAGGGGCUCGUCACGCUACUGCCAUGGAAGCUGCCCAUCGUGUCCAAGAUCGAGAUCAGGACAGAAGGUCAGUUCGCGGCCUUCAACGACUGUUUGUAUAGAUCGAUGUCGACGGCCGGCUGGUUGGUUGUUAUAGACGUGGAUGAGGUCAUAUUACCCAGGAGAGAGAGGACUCUCACGGCGCUGUUGACGUCACUACGUGCUUCAUACAACCCGCCGUCGAAGGCGCCAUCGGCUUUUCUGUUUAGGAACGCGUUCUUCUAUCUGAGAUGGGAGGACGACACGGAAGCCCCAGCGCCAUUGGUGACUUCACGUAAGACGAGACGCUGGGCGGCGCCGCACGCCCUCAAGAAUAGGAGCAAGUACGCAAUAAGGCCGAGAGACGCCGUGGAACUUGGGAACCACUUCGUAUGGGAACUGGCGCCCGGGGCCGGGUCCGUGGGGGUUCCUACUGAGAGGGCGCUGUUACAUCACUAUAGAGUGGCGUGUGAGUAUGGUGGUGUGCAGUGUCUGACGGUACCAUCGACUGUGGACCGCACCGCCCACCGCUGGGCCGACCAACUGCUGGCAUCUGUUACCUGGCAGAGAGAACAGCUGGCCAGGACCUGCCUCGCCUAGAAAACAUAUCUACGAUCCCUGACUUUCCUUGGCUACUGUUACACAAUAUUGGACCAUUGUUUGGUUAUGGUGACCACGUGUUGGAGCAUAUUGGAUAAGUCUCAUGAUCCUGUAUUUACAUAAAUACGUUAGCCAUCCUGAACCACUUUGGCCAUUGUUUCUACAGAAUUGGACCAAUGUUUGGUUCGCCUUAUUAGUUAAUUUGGGCAAGUUUCAUUAUCUUUAAUAAUGUUUAUGAAUUUGACAAGCUGCUUGGACCUUAUAACUAAGCAUUAAAAAAUUUAGGUGUUGGGAAAAAAGUGUUUUUCUAUUACUUUUGGCCACUAUACAUUUGUGUUGGUCUAAAAUGGCUAUUUGUUUUGUUAAUCUGCGGGUAGUUUUGUACCAAAUCAUAAUUUUGACUAUAUUAUGAUCAGAUCCAAGCUAGAAUUGUAAUAUUUUCAAUCGUUUAACAAAAAUUAUUAUAUAUUUUUCGUUAUAUUAAUAUAAAUUGUGAUAUUUUUUUACUCACAUAAAUAAAAUGUUAGCUUAAAAUAUAGUUUUGAUAUUAUUUUGAAAUGAGAUGUGUUAAAAUAUUGUGUUGUAGUGUAAUAUCAUUUUACCUCUGUUGUAUAUUUUUUUUGUUAUUUUUUUUUGCAAAGUUGUGAUAUAUAUAUAGUUAUUGAAAUUUCAGUGCAAUAAAAUGUACUUUAUAUUUCGAGCUGAGAAAAUAUGAGUGUGAAGUGUGUCAAAGUGUAUACUGAAAUAAGGUUUGUGCAUUAUUUAACUUAUUUUGGCAAGAUUUCUUUUAAAAAUCUAUUUUCUGAUGAAAUUUUUUAUUUUAUAUACAAAUAUAUUUACGGGAUACUAUUACAGGUUCGAUUAUUUUUUGCUAUAUAGAUUUUUUUUAGUCAACGCAAGGUUCAGUUAAAGCUAAUAACUGUUAAGGUCAUUGGUCCGGAAAUUAAAUCUCAGUAUGAAACAUAUUCACGUAUUAUAUAAAUAGUGGCACCACGAUUGUGUUUUCGUUAUUUUCAUAAGAAUUUCAUUGAUUUGAAGAAAAAAACAAUCAAAAAAUUGGAUCAAAAUUUUUGGGUACUUCGUAGCAAAGUUUCUUUUAUACAAGAAAUUGCAAAUUCAAAUUAAAAACGCAAUCGUCGCAAGGUCCAAAGAGAUAAGCAUAUUAGCUCAUCGUACAUAGCCACCGCGUUCCUCAUAUUGAAUCAUGAUCUGUAGUUCAUUGUUCUGAAUACCAUUCAGUUUGUGGUUACAAACUAGUUUUUUUCUGUUUGUUCAUCAUCGUCAACAAUUUAAAGAGAUAAAGAUCUGGGUAGAUCUGUCGAUGCUGUAGAGUGUUAAACAUAUUAUUCCAAAAAGUAACCACAACUAUUUUUCAAGUAACAUUCCCUUAGUCUUGGCCGGAGUUAUUUUACUGACAGGCCUUUUCACCAGCAGACAUCUUGGAUCACAAUAUUCAUCCUUUUAAUUUUCAUAUAUAAUUGCGUAAUAUUCAUUGCCGACGUUUCGAAUGCUCUGAUUCCAAACGAACUAAAAGCUUUUACGCCCAAAUAAAUAAGUAUUCUUUCAAUUAUCACCGUUAAAGUGAUUUUUUACCUUUCAUGGUCCCUUCCAAAGUCAGCAACCGGCAAAAGACCUUUGAAAUCAGAAAUCAAGUUUCCCAUACAAAAUGAAUGCUUCAAACUAUAUAUAUUAAUUACAAAACAUGUAUUUAUAAGCCACGAAUAAACUGAGUUGUUGAAUAAACUGAGUUAAGAAAAGAGUUUUGUUAGGAGCGCUUUAAAUAAAGGCACUUUAGUUUGUUUAAUAUUAAAGUCCCUUGUUCGGUGAAAUACCUGUGUCACGAUGUACUCUUAUGUGCUAUUGUUUCAAAUUAAAUUUAACGGACUGCUCAAUGAACGGAUCAGUAUUAUCGUUGCUGCUUGCAAUCCUUAUAAUUUAUUCAUUGAUAACUAAGCGUAGGAAUUAUAAUUUCGGUUAUCAAUUGGAUAUAUGUACUUGAUUACAAAUUUUUUUUUGUCCACUACGUAUGUCUGUCCACUUAUAUAUUUAUGUAUAAAAACAAAUACCACUCAAUAAAAUUAACAAAACUUUUAAUGAAUCAUAGUUUAAAAUUAUAAUUUUGUAACGAACUCGCAACACUGGUAUAUAAAUUUAGAUAUGGCAACACUCAGAGUUUUUGAAGAUGGAAUCGCAGAUAGAGAAGCAAAUUCAUAUUUAUUUUUUCUAAUAAAAUAUUGCAGAUGUCGCCUCCAUUGUAAAUUAUUUAAAUUCAUGUAACAUUAUUUUUAGGCUUUCGAAAAAUAUAGAUAAUGUAUACAAUGUAUAUUUUUUCAAUUAAAAUUAUUUAAUACGGAUCAGGCUCAAGUGUCAAAUAAUUUUCAUAAUUUUGUAAUGGUUUUAAACUAAUAAAAUACAUAUAUAUAUAAUAUUAUGUAAUUAAUAAGGUAUUUAUUAAAGAUCUUUUUUGAUAUAAAAUUAUACUGUAAAUAUACUGUGUAAAUAAUAACAUUGAAGAAAAAUAAUAUCUUAAAAAAUUAAUAAUAAAGGCACUAUAUUCUCUCAUAUUCAGUGCAUAAAUAUAAAUUAUUAUUUGUCUUAGUUUGAUAUUAAUUGUCCAUAUUUUUUAUGGCAUAAAAAUUCAAAGUCAAAAUAUAAAAUACAACAUUAAUUUUGGGAGAGUAAGUUAAUAACCACAUGAAAAGAUCUCACAUAUUUUUAUGCUUUCAGAACGAUAGCUCUUUUGAUGCUAAUAAUGAUGUGUAAAUAAGAUUUUUUGGAUAAAUUGGUGUAAUGUUCCCGUUCUAUAGCUUGUACUGUUGUAGCCUAACAAAGUUAACGUCAAAAAUCCUUUGAACUUUCACAGCUCAUGUGUUACAAGUAUGAGUAUACAACGUUAACCUAAACACCGGACGUUUCACAGUUUUUCAUCUAGAAAACCUGGCGCGUGAUAGUGAAAGUUUGUUUUUCAGGUUAACGAUGUGAACUCAUGUUGCAGUCGCAAUAAUUUGAAUGUUGUAGUUGAAGUACAUUAUAUAUAUAAAUGUAUAAUAACUGUUUAGCUUUGGUCAUGUUAUCGUGAUGUAUCGUACUAACUAGGUAGUUGUUAUCGUAAAUUGUACAUAUCUUUUUAUAAAUUAAGUUUUUUAGUAUGUACAUUUGAACUCAAUGUUGCACGUAAUUAAUAUUAAUUAAACUUUGUGGAUGUUCUC